GGAUUCUUCGAUUCGGUCAAACAAAACAUCCAUUUUCAAUCCGGAAGCCUUUGACUGUGCCCAUUCUUGUUUCUUGCCUCGUCCACCGAUCAGCUACACAGCUGCCCGCCAUGACACUGCCUUACGCCAUGGCUCUGCCCAAGUUGGGCGCACUUCAAGACUGUUCCGACUUCUCAAAGACAGUCACCCCUUUCCUGCCCCAACUUUACGCCCUUCCGCGUCAAAUUUUGGAUACCAUUUUCAAUGGGGGGAGCUUCCUCAAGCUGUACAUGGAGACCAACCCCUUUAUCAGCGGGCUCGGGAUCUCCAUUUUCCUAGGCGGCGUGUUUCUUGUUGCUGCCGAGGUCAACAGGAACUACUCGCAAGUCGACCGCUUCUGGAGCAUACUGCCGACCAUCUACAUCGCUCACUUUGCGACAUGGGCGCGUCUGGCCGGAAUCCCCAGCCGGCGCAUCGAUGCCGCGCUGCUUUUUAGUACCAUUUGGAGCAUACGCCUGACUUAUAACUAUUGGCGGAAGGGCGGCUAUAACGUUGGUUCUCAAGAUUACAGGUGGGAAAUCGUUCGUGCUUCGAUGCCGAAGUUGGCUUUUCAUAUCUUGAACUGGACCUUCAUCUCCUUCAUCCAGAGCGUUCUGCUUUACAUGCUCGCUUCUCCUGUUUAUGUCCUUCUCCUGGCCACUCAGUUCGAGCCUGAGCUCUCUACAGCUGAUAUUGGCUUCGUCGUCAUGGAACUGGGUCUUAUUCUUACCGAGUUCAUUGCUGAUCAUCAACAAUGGGUUUUCCAGUCAGCGAAGAAUGAGUACAAGACCUCUGGUCAGAUCCCGGCCGGCCACAAGCAGGCUGAUCUCGACCGAGGCUUCAUCACAUCAGGUCUCUGGGCUUACAGCAGACAUCCGAACUUUGCCGCUGAGCAAUCCAUCUGGCUCACCCUUUACCAAUGGGGCUGCUUUGCGACCAACACCCUCUACAACUGGACCAUUGUGUCCCCCAUUAUGCUCAUGAGUGUUUUCCAGGGCUCCACGUGGCUGACAGAGCGCAUCACCGCCGGGAAGUACCCAGAAUACAGCGCGUACCAAAAGCAGGUCGGCACGUUCGUACCCAAGACUUUGAAGGGGUACAAGACCCCUGUGCCCAAGUUUAUCCGCACCAGCGAUCUUGCCAAGAAGCUGCAGGAGAAGGAGAACAAGAAGCAAAAGUGAAGACAGCCCAAGACCUUCGCCUUUUCCAUUUUGUGACUGGCAAGACAACCAACUGCGAUGGCUUUGGCAUAAGCUUGAAGGAAAUGGCCGGGCUGAAAGCAGUGGAUGGAAUCUUAGCGGCGGGCUCGGGAGUACAUCAUGCAGGGGCCAGGUAUGUACCAUGGAUAGCGUGGUCAAAGCAAAAAGUGGUCGCCUAUCUUGUUUUGGACGCAAUUUGCUAUGGCGAACGUCAAUCAACCCUUGCAACUCCAAAUUUACAGAGUUCAUCAUUUUCAC